CGAGCACAACAUACUCAAAAUGGAAUGAUCGGUGAAAUCAAAAUGGGACCGAUCGACGAUAACAGAAAAGAAGAUCUGGAAAAAUAUUAUGCUGAACAAUCACGUGAUGUUACUUUCUACGACAUACCAGCAUACUGGAGUGAUGAAGAAAUUUUUAAUUUGCUGAAUGCAAAUGUAGGACAGAUCGAAUAUAUGAGAACAAAACGGUGUCACAAAUAUAAGACGGUUAAAACAACACUGCGCCUUACCAAAAAAUAUGAAGAAAUAUACAAAAAGGGCGGGGUGAAUGUUGUUUUAACUAGGAAAAACCGUACACAUUAUGUUAGAAUGUUUGACUCAAGAUGGUCGUAUGCUGAGAUUAAGAAUACUUUUCGUUGGCAAGUUUGUAAACGUUUAGAAGAUGAUAAUCAACAGGAUGAUUGUUCGAUAAUUAGAUAUUUUGCAAAAACUUAUAGGGCUACAUUUGGAAAAAUUAUUAGAGUUAACGGUAUACGUUACAUUAUUUUAUAUUUUAGUACAGAGGAUAAAUUAAUGAAAGCGGUAAUGGAUUCGUUAAAAACAUAUAAAGUAGGGCUAGAAUUAUUAAUCAAAAAAGAAAAUGAUUUUAUAGACGAUACAGAAGAGUUCAAUAAAACACUGAAAUGGAGAAAUGCAACAACCUCAAGAACACAUGGUCUACGGAUGGAGCGAGAACAACAUGAAGGAACGCCUGAAAAUUUUGCUUCGUCAAGUAGAAGACAAUGACAAUGGAGGUAACUCGAAUGAGAUAAAAUAGGAAAAUUAGAAAAACAAAAUAUAAUAGUUAGACGUAUUUAGAUUAGAUAAUUUAGUAUAGUUUAGGAUAGAUUAAAAAGAGAACAAUUUUUAGUAAAUACUUAGUCAAUAUUGGAAUUUCGUGAAUAGCACGCUGGUUACGUUAGUCUCUACUUUAGAUUGAGUUCUAAAGUUUUUAUAUGGAGAGGUGUAGUUAGAAAU